AUGGCCCACGCUGGACAGACUCAUCAUAUCUCAUUAACCUCCCCCGGGGCUGGGGGUGCUGCCACACAUGAACUCGAGGAACAGGAGGUCAACAAGCAAGCUGCAGAAAAGCUAUAUAGCAUAUACACUCGCCAAGAAAAAUGGUUCAUUGUAAUGAUAGCCUCUUUGGCUGCAUUGUUUAGUCCGCUAACUGCAAAUGUGUACUUUCCUGCAAUACCGACGAUCGCUUCAGCUUUUCACAAAUCUAUAGAAUCAAUCAACCUAAGUGUCACCGCCUACAUGGUCCUUCAAGGCAUCUCUCCUAUGUUCUGGGGAACCAUGGCGGAUAGGUUUGGACGACGUCCCAUCUUUCUCGCUUGUCUCCUUGUCCUGUGUUUAUCUUGCAUCGGCCUGGCGUUGGUCCCGACCUCGGCAUACUGGCUACUAAUGCUCUUACGAUGCGUCCAGGCUGCUGGUUCUGCCAGUACAGUUGCACUAGGUGCUGGGGUAGUUGGAGAUAUAGGAACUCCCGCAGAACGCGGGGGAUUUUUCGGCCUAUUUACCUUGGGACCACAAGUUGGACCUGCUCUGGGACCUGUUAUUGGUGGUGUCCUUGCAGAUAAGCUCGGAUGGAGGUCUAUCUUCUGGUUUCUAUGCAUCAUGUCUGUCGCAUGUUUUGCUCUUAUGCUCAUUUUCCUACCUGAGACACUGCGUCGACUGGUGGGUGAUGGCAGUGUGAUACCAUCAGCUUUCUAUCGUCCCCUCGUGCCAAUUGUUGGGAAAGGGCGUGUAGAUCGUGAUGCCCCAAAGCCUCCCAAGCCCGCACUGAACAAUCCGCUACGCCUCUUCUUCUAUCUGGACGUUCUGAACCUUCUCGUAUUCAAUGCAGUUAUAUACGCCGUCUUCUAUGCGGUAAAUACCACGAUAUCCACGAUAUUCGCAAACAAGUACCCGUUCCUGAACGAGAUAGAUAUAGGAUUGUGUUUCCUGGCGAUUGGUGGGGGGAUGACCAUUGGCACUGUCCUAUCCGGCAAAAUGCUAGACGCUGAUUUUCAAAGAACCAAGAAUAGGCUCGUGAAGAAGGCUGAAGAAGAUCCUGAGAAGCACAUACGGCCCGAGGACGUGACCAGGGAGGAGAAUUUUCCAAUAGAAAGAGCCAGGCUAAGGAUGAUGCCCAUAUUUACCGCAAUUUUUGUCUUGACAUGCGCUGGUUAUGGCUGGUCUCUUCAACAGGAGACAAAUAUCGCAGUUCCACUGAUCCUGCAAGUUAUAUUUGGUUAUACAGUCGUCGCUACUAUGAAUGGCGUGCAGACGCUACUCAUUGAUCUACUACCAUCCCAGAGUUCUUCCAUUACCGCAUGUAAUAAUUUGGUCAGAUGUUCCUUGGGUGCUUUGAUGGUCUCUGUCGUAGACUUGAUUGUCAAUGCGAUAGGUCCUGGUUGGACCUAUGUACUGCUUGCAGGGAUAUGCUUGGCGUGCUCUCCCAUGAUCUGGCUUGCUAUUUGGAUUGGUCCACGCUGUCGUGCAAAGCGACGGGCUCGUGAUAAUGCCGCUUGA